GGGGUCCAUCUGAGUGUUACUUAUACUAAAACAUAUAUAUUAGGGUCUUUUCUGAUAGAAUCCUCCAUCCAAGCUUGAUUUGUUUACCAAACCACUUGUAUUAGCUCUUUGAUCCUAAGACGACUUUGACCCUUUUUUCGAAUCUGCAAUAUGGAAUCUAUGAACAACACCAACGCAUCAAGCUCUUCUUUAAUGAAUAACACUCCUUCUAAACCUACUCUUACCACUAGUGGAGCUCACUGGUAUCAACCCAAACCUCCUGCAAUGUGUGUUAUUGCUUAGCUUUCUUAUGUUAAAGGUUCAAAACUGCUUGCCUACUUGGACUAUACUAUUAUGAUAUUGAAACCAUUUUUUGAUUCACCAAACACUUUUGUUGUGAGGGGAUUCACGAAUUAAUUCCAUCUAAUCUUUAUUAAUCUAUUUUAAUC